AUACACACUCACUCACACCCACCCACACAGGUGAGUGUGAGCAGCCGUGAGUGUGUGUGUUUCAUUUCUAGGGAAUCAGCCAUUUCCAGGUCCGUACUCCUUAAUCGUACUCUAAAUGAAUUAUAAUGCUUCUACCUUUUGAAACAUGGCAACUGCAGUAAACUUUCACAAACACAUUAAGAGCACCUCCAUGACCUUAAUCUACUUUAAACCCAUCUGUGUUUCGGCUAUGCUGAACUGCCCCUACGUGUGAACGAGUGUACGGACGUAUAUGACCUGGAUGAGGCUCAAGGUGUACGAAUGUAUUUAUAAUCAGUGUGUGAUGACCCACGUGUGAUGUUGUGUGUUUGCAGAGGUGUGUGGGAGUGCAGACUGACUGUGGAAGAAAAAAAACAUGGUAAUACAGACCUAAUCUUUCCUACAGGGAUUGCAUGCGCUCAGCCCAGUGUGAGUAAUAGUCGGCCAGAUGCCUCCACAACGACCCCGUGGUUAGCUCCAAUUGUGUGGGAGGGUACAUAUGAUUUGACGGUGAUUGACAACAUCUACAAACAACAGAACAUCACCGUGGCAGUCACCGUCUUCGCUCUGGGGAAGUACGUACGCUUCCUGAAGGACUUCCUAGAAUCUGCAGAGCAGCACUUCAUGGUGGGCUACCGAGUGCAUUAUUACCUGUUUACCGAUCGUCCGGACGAGGUUCCCACGGUAACGUUGGGGGAAGGACGUCAGUUGACCGUGAUAAAAACAGAAACCUCGAACCGCUGGCAGGAAAUCUCACUGCGCAGGAUGGAGAUGAUCGAGAAGGUCAUCGAGAAGGAACUCACCGACAAGGCAGACUACAUAUUCAGUCUCGACGUCGACUCCAAAUUCUACGCUCACUGGGGGGCGGAGUCUCUGGGCGACCUUGUCGGCGUGCUGCAUGCCUGGUUUUUCGGAACAUCUCGGAAACAGUUCACGUACGAGCGGCGUCCUGAAUCUCAGGCCUUCAUACCUUUAGAAGAAGGAGACUACUACUACGGAGGUGCCGUGAUCGGAGGACGCCUCGACAAAGUGCACCAGCUGGUGAAGACGUGCCGCAUGCAGCUGGAUGUGGACCGAGCCAAUCACAUUGAAGCGGCAUGGCAGGAGGAGUCUCACCUGAACAAGUACUUCCUGUACAAUAAGCCCAGCAAGGUGCUCUCACCUGAAUACCUGUGGGACGACACAAAAGGGAAACCCAGCUACAUGAAAGUGGUGCGUUUCUCUCAGGUGGUCAAGAAUUACGCCGACAUCCGACCCAACCCUUAAAGCACACUGUACUGUAAUGGGUUUCUCAGGAAAGAUAAAUGAACUAACAUCAUUAACUCUAUCACCAUCAUCUCACAGGUUUCAACCACAGACUACACCAAGGUCUUCCAUCAGGAAAUGUUUGGUUACCCUACAUUAUAAGACAUGUUGAUGAUAAUAUUAAUAAAUUGUGUUUUCCUGGAUUUUUAGGUCCUAAUUAUGUUUGUAAGUUACACAAAUGCAAUAAAGACAAUUCUUAAAGGAGAUCUAACUCCAUGUCUUCAAACUUCAGUACAGGAACCAUGGUGCAGUAGUUGCUCUUCUUAAAUAUACAUUCUCUUUUAUCUACCUCAUUUGAAUAUGAUUGUUCUUGUGGAACAAUGUACAUCACUCUUUACAGACCUGAAAUACUCAGCACACGUUGUUGACGUCCACUGACCGUUUCACAAAAAGAAAAUGGUGUCGUUAACAUUAUCCAAAAAAACAAUAUUGCCAAAGACCUUCCUGUUUUUAAGUGACAUGUUUAGGCUUUGCAGCAUGCGAUCAGAAUCCCUUACUAUCGAAAAACCUCUGCAAGAGUGUCGACAUUACAUCAUCAAUAAGCGAUUAAUUCUGAUCGAGGUCGUGUGGAUCCAAAGCCUAUCCCGGGAACACUGGAUACGGGGCAGGAAUACACCCUGGAUGGGACACCAGUCCAUCACAGGGCACCACGCACUCAUAUUUACAACUAGGGGCAUUUUAGUGUAGAUAAUCCACUUACUGACAUGUAUUUGGCAAACCAGAGAAAAGCUAAAUAUACACGAUGACAAAGUAAAAACAGUUUGCCCUGUUAUACAGGGAUGGGAGGGGGGACAUUUAUUUUCCAGCACACGGAGAGUGAGUUCACAUGUUGUUGUAAGGUUCUAACAGAAAAGCAAAUUAAUCUCAAAUAAACGGUUACUGUUGUUUUAUUGGAAAUGAUGAUUGUGUGCUGUGAAAGUGAAAGCACCUUUUACUACUAGUAAUAAUUAAUCUAUUAUAUAGCCAAAAUAAAUAAAGAAUUAAAACAAACUUUAAAAUGUUGUGUUUUGGGUAUAGUUCUUCAGUUCGUCUGUCGGCGAUAGUA